AUGGAGCCAAUUAAACCCCACAAGCAAUCCAGCCCACCAAACAAGCCCGACCCCGCCAAGAAACAGUCCAAGGACCGGCACACGAAGGUCGACGGUCGGGGACGGCGCAUCCGCAUGCCGGCCCUCUGCGCGGCCCGCGUCUUCCAGCUCACUCGGGAGCUCGGCCACCGGUCGGACGGCGAGACCAUCGAGUGGCUCCUCCACCACGCCGAGCCCGCCAUCAUCGCCGCCACCGGCACCGGCACCGUCCCGGCCAACUUCUCCACCCUCAGCACCUCCCUCCGAGGCGCCGGCACCCUGUGGGCCCCGCACGCGAGGCCCAGCCCGCCGCUCCUCGGGCCGGGCCAGAACGAGCCUCGCCUCCUUGGAAAACGGGACCACCGGGAGGAGGACGACGCAGGUUCGCCCGAGCCUGGUAGGAUCGUCCGGGCCCGGGCCCAAGAGCAGGGUUCGGGCUUGAGCCCAGGCCCGGCCGUGUGGGCUCUGGCCCGGAUGCUGCCGGCGCAGCAGGAGUGGCUCUACAGGGCGGCCCAAAUGCAGAGAGUAAGUGGCUCGGGCUUGUUCAGCCCGAUCCAGUUCGGGUCGUUGGUGGUCCAACAGCAGCAGCAGCAGAACCCGGUUCAGCAGCUGGGCCUAGGUGUUGGUGAAACGAAUCUGGGGAUGUUGGCCUCUUUGAAUGCUUAUAGUGGUGGUAAUAUUUGA